AUGUCACUUCACGAAGAGGCUUCGGGUUUGUUUGGAACUCAUGUGACUUGGGAAGAUAUUGAGGAUGAAGUUAGGCUAAGUUUGGGAACUGAGGCGAGAUUUGGGGCGAAUAAGAAGGCGACGAAUAUUGGAGAUAUGAAGGUGAAGAGACAAAUGUUUUGGGGCUGAAAUUUGAGCAUUUUCAGAAUAAAUUUGUUUUGUACUGAAAUUUAAGAGCUGCAAAACUAUGUUUCCAGCUUUCUGAAAACAUUUUCAGAGCUGCAAUUCAAAUGUUCAAAAAUUUUCUGAUUUUUUAUGAAAAAAACUGGUUUUGUAGAGAAAUUCAAAAGCUACAAAGCUGUUUUUUUUUCAGAAUUCCAAAAGUUCAAAUUUUUCUGAUAAAGUUUCUUCUUAACAAAUUUUUAGAAACUUCAAAAACCGCUCCCAAUUUUCAGGGCUUUAUGUCCCGAAUCGCAUUGAUCGAAGCAGAUUGGACCCCCGAAUCCCAAAACCUCCCAAAAAAAUUCGUUGUCAAACUUGUUUCUCAACUAGCUUUCAUUGAAAUCUCCAGCUGGUCACAAAUCGAUUUGUCUGAAGAAAAAAUGAGGAUUUUUGAUGGAAUGUUAUCAAAUUGUCAUAAUCAAGAAGUCGGAACUUAUCAACUUUUUUUGGAACUCGAAAAAGAAAAUCAGGAAAAUGGAAGUCAGAUUCCACCGAUCAUCAAAAUCUAUUCAACACGAAAAAUCAGCGCUGAAAAUCCGCUGAAAGGUUUCAUAGUCACUGAAUUUGUGGAAGAUCUAAAACCUCUCUCAAUUUUCGAUUCGCUCGAAAUCUCCCAAAUUAUUCCUGUCAUUCAAGGAAUCGCCCGAUUUUCAGCUUUGCCUUUGAAACUCCCGGAAAAUCGUCUGGAAUUUGCUGGAAAAUCGGAUUUUUUUGCGAAAAGUUAUGCGGAAUUUAGUGAUGAGAAGACGAGGGAAAAUUCGUAUUUUUGUAUGCGGAAAAGUUUUCCGGAGGAAUUUCGGGUGGAAGUUGAGGAGUUGAUUGAAGUUUAUAGGAAGUAUACGACGCCUGAAAUGAUUCGGAGAAUUGAGAAGAUUCCAGAGAUUUGUGGUAAAUUUUGCGCGAAAAAUUUAAAAUCCCAAAACUUUCUCCAGGUUUCGCUCCUCAACUAGUUCACGGUGAUUUAUGGUCAGGAAAUCUAAUGUUCUCCAAAAAUCUGGAAUUCCGCGCAAUUAUCGAUUGGCAAGCUGUCAGUUUCGGCUCACCAGCUCAAGAUUUGUGCCGAUUAUUCAUCACAAUUUUAUCCGCCAAAAAACGAAGAGCAAAUUUGGAUUUUCUAUUGAGAACUUUUUAUGAAGAACUUAUCCGAAGUCUCAAAAUAUCUGGCGUGAAAGUUCCAUACACUUUUGAGCAACUCAAAAAGAAUUAUCGAUUAAUGUUUCCAAUUUGCACAAUUUUGGUUUUGCCAACAAUGAUUAGUUAUUCUGAAGUUAUCGGACUUCGAGAGGAUGAAAAUCGAGAGAUCGUGAAAAAUUCAGCGAUUGAAAAAGCUGUUGGAAUGAUGGAAGAUGUUUUAAAGGCGCAUAGCGAUAAUUUGAUCGAUUUCCCGCAGUUUUUUGAAUAA